AUGACAAAGUUGAAAAGAGGUGCUAUUAUUAGAAGGCUUGUGGUUGCCUUCACCGUUGGGUUUUUCAUCCUGAUCGGUUUGUUCAAGUUGAAGUCUCACCACAAGGACACCGACUUGAAUAGUUUGAUUCCUAACUUACCGAUCGAUAUCAGACAGAAUCUUUUGGCUGCCACGAACGACAGGAAACAUGAUACCGAGACCAUGCAGAAGUUCGAAGAAUUGUUUAAGGAGAUCAAGAAGAACCAGGAGGAACAGUCCAAACAGUUGGAGAAGCAGAGACGUCUUUUGGACUCCAAGAUACAGAAGAUCAAGGUGCAGAACAAGAAAGAGGCCACUUUGAGGGAGUCCUUGGCGUUCACUUAUGAAUACGAUCAGUCCAGGAAGUUACCAGCAUACAUCUGGCAGUUGUAUCCUACUGACAAGAAGCAGCAAUUGGAACUUAAAAAGAAGAUCGAGCAAGCUAGGGCUGAAGGGAAGGAGAUAUCGCAAGAGAUGAGCGACACCGAACAGGUGGAUCUGAACAAGUGGGAGGCCAAGAACCCUGGGUUUGUCCAUGAAGUGUUCAAUCACGUUGUUAUGAAGGCGUUGGUGCAACAUUUCUAUGCUAACAUUCCUGCUGUGGUCGAGGCUUUCGAAACGUUACCUUCAGAUAUCUUGAAAGUCGAUUUUUUUAAAUACUUGAUCUUGUACGCAAGAGGUGGUGUUUACGCCGACAUUGACACCGAUCCGAUUCAAGCUAUUCCAAAUUGGAUCCCAGAAAACGUGAACCCAAAAUCUGUAGGCUUGUUGAUCGGGAUUGAACAUGACGCCGAAUUGCCUGGUUGGGAAAACUUUUACGUUAGAAGACUUCAAUUCGGUACUUGGAUCAUACAAGCAAAACCAGGUCAUCCAAUUAUCAAAGAGGUCAUUGCUAGAAUAACAGAAGAAACAUUGAAACGUAAGAGAGAGAACAAUUUGAACGUGAACUUGAGAAACAACUUGAACCUAAUGAGUUGGACGGGUUCUGCCCUGUUCACCGAUACAAUCUUCGCCUACUUUAACAACUACUUAAAGAGUGGCAUCUCCACUCCUGUCACAUGGAGAGAGUUCCAUAAAUUAACUGAGCCAGUUCUGCUAAGCGAUGUGCUAGUGUUCCCAAGAGGUUCGUUCAACGUGCAAAAGAAGGCUAAAGUCACCGAUCAGUCUGGAACUGCCAAGGACAAACUGGUCAUCAACGAGGAAGAGGCAGACCCACUUGAUAAGAUCUUGUUGGAUAAGUCUUUGCAACUGGUCUCUCAUAACAUUGAAAACUUUUGGAAAGCACCAAAACAAAAGGUUGACCAAGCAGCCAAAAAACAGUAA